AUGACUAUACUAUUUAUUGCAUGGAUAUGUGCACUGCCGGUAGAGCUGGCGGCAGCACAGGUCAUUUAUAUCCUCGGUGCUUUAAAUGGCCAUCACGUUGUUAUUACUUGUUUGCCAACUGGCAUUUACGGUACCAUAUCUGCUGCAACAGUCGUUUCUCGUUUAAUUUCAACCUUUCCUCACGUUCAGUACACGCUUAUGGUUGGAAUCGGAGGCGGUGCCCCAAACAACAGCAAUGACAUUCGAUUGGGUGAUGUGGUGGUCAGCAAGCCAGUCGGAAAAUAUAGUGGAGUCAUCCAGUAUGAUUACGGCAAGACAAUUCAAGGCGGGCAAUUCGAGCAAACCGGCACGUUGAACUCCCCACCGCAGGUUCUUUUAACACAUAUUGCCCAUCUUCAAGCGAUCCAGCUGGCUAGAAGUGAGGAUACCAUUUCACAUAUUGUGUCGGAUGUAUUAGAACGGAACCCGGAUAUGAAAAGAAGAUUCACACCUCCAAGUCAGCACACUGAUUAUCUCUUUCAAUUAUCUUAUCACCAUAUUAAUAAAGAAAUCGACUGUGGACAUUGUGACAAAAAGCAGUUCAUUCACCGACCACUGCGGCAAAAUAGGACACCUUAUAUCCACUAUGGGUUGAUCGCAUCCGGAGAUCAGGUUAUGAAAGACUCAGAGACACGGGACCGCCUCGCUCAACAAUUGGGGAUCCUCUGUUUUGAAAUGGAAGGCGCUGGCCUCAUGAACCAGCUCCCCACUCUAGUGAUUCGCGGGAUCUCUGACUACUGUGACUCUCAUAAACAGAAGCAGUGGCAGGGGUAUGCGGCCCUUAUCGCGGCGGCUUAUGCUAAGCUGCUGUUAACUGUUGUUCCUGCCUAUAGCUACAAUACAUGUGAUAUAAAAACUACAGAAAAAGGCUCUCUCUCGGACUCAGCUUGUCUUACUCCUGCAAACGCUGCUUUGCGGGAAUUCUAUAGUGAUGCAAAGCGUCUUGACAUUCAACGAUUAUCUGGUAAACUGCUACCAAUGGACCAUUGUUAUAUCAACCUUGCAAUAGUGGAGCAUUCACCCUCAACCAAAACGCAUGCUGAUCAAGAAUCUUCUCCAUUUCCACUCUUUAGCCGCCUCAAAGUUGACACUGUCAACACUAGCGCGCAGAUCUCUCUAAAAACCCUCUUUGACCCACGAAAGCAGUCAGAGGAGAAGGUUAUAAUGCCAAAGAGAAUCUUAAUUCAAGGGCGCGCGGGGGUGGGAAAGACAACGUUGUGCAAAAAGAUCGUAUACGAUUAUUUGUACAGUGGGAUGUGGAAAGAUUUAUUUGACUGGGUAUUUUGGGUGCCACUCCGGAAGCUCAAAUUCAAGUCGUCGUCUACAACAUACAAUAUGGGAGACCUAUUCUACGAUGAAUACUUCUCUCAACGCCCACAAGGUAGAAACUUGGCCCAGGAAAUGUGGUCAUCUGUAAACGAGCCACUUGCACGUGAAAAGACUCUCUUUAUACUUGAUGGACUAGACGAAGUGCCUCAAAAUUGGGGAACUCCUAUGGAUGAGUUUCUAGCCCAUCUUCUUAGACAGCCCCAAGUCAUUGUCACCACUCGUCCCCAAACGUUGAAUCGAAAUUACCUUGAGCCAUUUGACCUUGAAUUAGAAACAAUUGGCUUCCUCCCUAACCAGGUUAUGACUUAUAUCGAAAAGGUGUCUGAUAAAGACAUUGCAGAACAGAUUCAGAAAUUCAUCAACAGUCGUUGGCUUAUUCGGGGUUUGGUUCGGAUCCCUAUUCAACUUGAUGCACUCUGUUAUAGUUGGAAUCAUGACUUUCAGUUAGAUGGUGGACCGAAAAACAUGACGGCACUCUACCAGGCAAUCAUGCUAAAAUUGUGGACAAAGGAUAUCGACCAAUUAGAAAAAACACGUUACGGAAAGCAACUUACUAAGAAUGAAGUUUUAUGUCUAAGGACAGCUAAACAAAUUGAGCCCCUGGUGGAGGACGAAAUUGAGUUUCUUGAAUCCUUGGCAUUCUCUGGCCUCUACAAUAACAUUGUCGACUUUAAUAGUUAA